CAGUGCCUGUUUUCUUCUUCUUCUCCAAACAAGAUUCCUCUUUUCUCAUCAAUCACGUGCUCUCCAACAUCCUCUAAUCACAACUCUGAGAGUGAUGGGUUCAUCUUCCUCUUCCUCCUCCUCCUCCUCCUCGAAGCUUCUCUUCCGUCAGCUCUUUGAGAAAGAGUCUUCCACUUUCACGUAUCUCCUCGCCGACGUGUCUCAUCCCGAUAAGCCUGCUCUGUUGAUUGAUCCGGUGGACAAGACUGUUGAAAGAGACUUGAAGCUGAUCAAUGAGCUAGGCUUGAAGCUUGUCUAUGCUAUGAACACUCAUGUUCAUGCUGAUCAUGUCACUGGCACUGGACUUCUUAAGACAAAGGUACCCGGUGUGAAGUCUGUUAUUUCAAAAGCAAGUGGUUCCAAAGCAGAUAUGUUUCUUGAGCCUGGUGACAAAGUAUCCAUUGGUGAUAUAUACCUUGAGGUUCGUGCUACACCUGGACAUACUGCAGGAUGUGUUACAUAUGUGACUGGAGAGGACGCGGAUCAGCCCCAACCAAGAAUGGCUUUUACCGGGGAUGCUGUCCUUAUCCGCGGUUGUGGGAGAACUGACUUUCAGGGUGGAAGCUCGGAUCAACUCUAUGAAUCUGUGCACUCACAGAUAUUUACAUUGCCAAAGGACACAUUGAUCUAUCCAGCUCAUGACUACAAAGGCUACGAGGUAAGUACAGUUGGAGAAGAGAUGGAACACAACCCACGUUUAACCAAAGAUAAAGAAACAUUCAAAUCCAUCAUGUCUAAUCUGAAUCUAGCGUAUCCGAAGAUGAUUGAUGUUGCAGUUCCAGCAAACAUGGUGUGUGGAUUACAAGAUUUGCCUCCUCAAGCCAACUUAUAAAACUCUCUACACCAAAUCUCCCUCUCUCUCUGUCACUCCUUCAUUCUAUAUUUUACCACAGCUCUUGAGAGUUUAUUUGUCCAAUAAGGUCUUGUCGUAUUAGAUAAGAUCAUUAGAAGAUUGUGUAAGUUACACUGAACAUGUGGAAUUUGUAUUGGAGAUGAGAACAUAUAUUACGUAUUCAUCUUUUGUUUGGUUUGCUGAUUCA